AUUGCAACAGGGAAACUCAUUGAUUCUGCUUACCCUCCUUCCCCGCGCCCUUCUGAGCAACACCUUAACAUCACGUUUUACUUAAACAGGACGAUGAAGUUUGUAUUUGCGCUAUCGCUGAUGCUUUGUUACAGUUCUGCUCAGAGUGCUGAUUCAAGUGAGUAUAUUGUACAGGCCAACCUAUGAGUGACUACCUUUCGUAAGCGACCAUCUAAACAAAACACCAAAACUUUCCCGGUGAAAGCCUUACAGUUGGUACCUCUAGUAAACGACCACCUCCUGUAAGCGACUGCGACCACACUAUUUGGGUCUGACGGUUUAAUGAUUUCCAUUGGUUUUAACCUUGUAAGCAUCCACUUCAUGGUCCUUCAAGCAUUGUCUGAUCUCUAUUUUGUCAGUGUGUACUCUGCUAACAGGAAUAUAUACGGAGAACUUUAGCAAAGCAUGGAACUACACACUUGCAAUAACUUAUCCUCCAUGAAAAAAGUUGUGUUCGGACAUCUCCUUAAGCGGCCAUUGAGUCUGCAUUUUUCGUGCUCUCAGGGGGUUCGCAUGUAUUUUUAUCGCGCGGAAUAUACUAUACGCCCCUAUUUUCCUCCUGCCCGUCCACCCAAUCAGCUGACAUGGAGAAAACAGAAACUAGUGUGUAAUUACCAAACAUCUGGCAACUUUUCUUCUUUAAGUUUUUUUAUGGCAAUUUUCGUGAUCCACCUAUCGUGUUCAAAAACUCAAUCACCCUGGGUCAGAUUUGAUUUCAGGUAAUAACCUGUAAGUUUGUGAUAUUGCAUUUUUAAACCAGUGGGAAAAUAGUGGGAUUUACGAAAUUCGUUUAGUUUUUUAUGUCAUCUAAAACUUUCGAAAAAGCAAAGAACGUAGAAAAAAGAAAAUUGAGGGUGAGACCCUUAAGUUCUUAAUUGAUUAUAAGAGAACACAAGUCUACGCGUAAAAUUACUAUCUGAUUUUAUAGGAUGUGGUUCUGUGGUAAACAACACUUUGACAAGUCCUGGAUUUCCAACACCAUACCCAAAUAACAUAAGAUGUGUGUACAACGUUUCCAUUCCAUCCCGAAAGGCGCUGAAGAUCACUUUUUCAAAAUUUUCCCUGGAACCAAGUCCUCGAUGCCGGUAAGUAAUUUAACAAUAGACAGCUUUAGAGUCACGUUUACGGCAAACGGCAAACUUCAGAUUCAAGUUGAGAAUAUCUCAAAAUUGAAAAAAAAAAAAUAGCAGGUAAAAACAUAUGGAUAAAACUGGCGUUAUACAAUUCACCUUUUUGUAGAAGUAAUGAACAAUAAACAUCAAGAAAAGGGAAAGCUUGGUCACGUGGUACAGAUUCACUUUUGCCGUUUACAAUAAAGUUAACGUGACUGAUGACAAACAAAACAAAAUUCAAACUAUUAUUUACAAAAAUCGAAUGUUCGUUGCUGGUGCUCGUAGAUAGGCUCAAAAGGUGUAGAGUCUUCUCAUUGGUUAAAACGAGAUCUGACCAAUGAUGUGGUUUUCGACCUGGAAAAUGCCAUAGCUUUUUAAAAAUCCAAAUUAAGAUUUCACGCCUCAAUGCUUUUACGUGAGUUGAGAUGAGUGAAAUCCCUUUUACAGGCCUUUGUUAUCUGUGAGUAGGUCGAAAGCAAGAGAACAUAAAAACCUCUUGUUGAGCGUUAAUUGGCAUUUGUAGACGGCGGCAAUUCGACUGCUCGAAAGUGACUCAAGUGCAACAUAAAAUGAAAGAAUUUGAUGGGAGGCUUAAUAUUCCACAGAAACGUUUGGAGCUUCCUUAACUCCACCAUAAAGCACACUCGCAAUUAGUUGAGGCACGAGAACAUAAAAGGCUUUUAUGUUCUCAUUGGCGGUUAGGAUUAUUUCUAUCAAUUUAACUGCCCUUGAAAAGUAAAAAACAUAUUUUUCCCUUCUAGGUAUGAUUAUUUGAGGAUUGUAGAUGAUGAAAACAGAACACUUGGUACAUAUUGUGGGCGCAAACUUAGUGGAAAGGCAGUUUUGGUAAACGGAAACUACGCAUUAAUAACAUUCCACUCUCACCGCUACGUUUUUCAGGAAUACCCAGGAUUCCAACUGACAAUAUCAUUUACUGAAAAUCAAAAUGGUAUGUUCAAAUAA